UCAGUUACACAAUCCGCUGAGUGUCUCUGCCCACUCUCAUUCUGCUGCUGCUGCUCUUCUUGGCUCUGCCCGGCUCCGUUCCCAGCCACACAAUACGAGAGAGCACUACAUUAUUAAACAAUUCUGUUUCUCCUGCGACAGCUUAUAUUUUUCUUAAAUACACUCUUAGAUCCCCGUUAUUCAUAUAUCUAACCCCGGUUGAGAAUGAGUGGAGAUCAGCUUCUCAACGACUCACAGAUUGAGGCGGAUUUUCGGGCGAAUGAUUCUCACAAACCUAAGAAAGAUAAAGAACAUAGACACAAAGAACACAAGAAAGACAAAGAUCGUGAAAAAUCUAAGCACAACAACAGUGAGCACAAGGAUCCUUCAGAAAAGAAACACAAAGAGAAAGACAAACAUAAAAAUUCUGAAAAGCACCGUGAUGGGGAGAAAAACAAAGACUCGGAGAAGCACCGUGAUGGGGAGAAAAACUCAGAGAAACAUAAAGAUGGCGAGAAACACCGCGACCCAGAGAAACAUAAAGAUGGCGAGAAACACCGGGACCCAGAGAAACAUAAAGAUGGCGAGAAACACCGGGACCCAGAGAAACACAAAGAUGGCGAGAAACACCGGGACCCAGAAAAACACAAAGAUGGCGAGAAACACCGGGACCCAGAAAAACACAAAGAUGGCGAGAAACACCGGGACCCAGAAAAACACAAAGAUGGCGAGAAACCUCGUGAUGGAGAAAAGCAUAAGGAUAAACACAAAGAGAAGGAUCGUGAGAAGAGGAAGGAGGAAAAGAACAAGUCCUCCGGUGAAAGUGUGAAGAUAAAAAAGGAGAAUGGCUUCUCUAGUCCACCUCGUAUCAAGGAUGAGCCAGAUGAUGCAGGCUACACCAUCUCUCCAAAAGAGCAUCUAAAGGCACUGAAAAGAUCAAGGGAUGAUGAUGAUUCCGAUUAUGCACCCAAAAAAAUAAAAACUGAAGAUGUUAAAAAGGCCAAGAAGCGAAAGCAGGAGGAUGAGGAGGAUGUAAAACCAAAAAAAAACAAGGUUAAAAAAGAGAAAACUCAGGAGGGAGACGGGAAGAAAAAGAAGGUAAAGAAAGAGGUGGAGGAGAAGUGGAAAUGGUGGGAGGAGGAGCGACAUGCUGAUGGCAUCAAAUGGAAGUUCUUGGAACAUAAAGGUCCUGUGUUUGCUCCCCAAUACGAGCCUCUUCCAGACAAUGUGAAAUUCUUCUAUGAUGGCAAAGUUGUGAAGCUCAGCCCCAAGGCAGAAGAGGUUGCCACUUUCUUUGCAAAAAUGUUAGAUCAUGAGUACACUACAAAAGACGAUUUCAGGAAAAACUUCUUUAAGGACUGGAAAAAGGAGAUGACUGCAGAUGAGCGCAACCUGUUAACAAACCUGAGUAAGUGCGACUUUAAUGAGAUGAGCCAGUACUUUAAAGCCCAAUCUGAGGCCAGAAAACAGAUGUCCAAGGAGGAGAAACAGAAAAUAAAGGCAGAGAAUGAGCGGUUACUGCAGGAGUAUGGCUUCUGUGUGAUGGACAAUCACAAAGAACGCAUUGGCAACUUCCGUAUAGAGCCUCCAGGUUUAUUCAGGGGUAGAGGGAAUCAUCCAAAGAUGGGCAAGCUAAAGAGGAGGAUCAGGCCUGAAGACAUUAUAAUAAACUGCAGCAAAGACUCCAAAAUCCCCGUCGCUCCCCCUGGUCAUAAAUGGAAGGAGGUACGACAUGACAACAAGGUUACUUGGCUAGUUUCCUGGACUGAAAAUAUUCAAGGUUCCAUUAAAUACAUCAUGCUGAACCCAAGUUCCCGUAUAAAGGGAGAAAAGGACUGGCAAAAAUAUGAAGUUGCCCGAAGACUGAAGAAAUGCGUUGACAAGAUUCGCAAUACAUACCGUGAGGACUGGAAGUCCAAAGAAAUGAAGGCCAGACAGAGAUCAGUGGCUUUAUACUUUAUAGAUAAGCUUGCUCUGAGAGCUGGAAAUGAAAAGGAAGAGGGUGAGACAGCUGACACAGUUGGUUGUUGCUCUUUGCGUGUGGAGCACAUAAAUCUCCACCCCGAGAUGGAUGGCCAGGAGUUUGUUGUUGAAUUUGACUUUCCCGGUAAAGAUUCUAUCCGCUACUAUAACAAAGUGCCAGUGGAGAAGAGGGUUUUCAAAAAUUUGCAACUCUUCAUGGAAAACAAGCAACCUGAAGAUGACCUGUUUGAUAGACUUAAUACAACCAUUUUGAACAAACAUCUCCAGGACCUUAUGGAAGGUUUAACAGCUAAAGUUUUCAGAACAUACAACGCCUCUUCCACACUGCAGCAGCAGCUGAAGGAACUCACUAACCCUGAUGACAAUAUUGCUGCAAAGAUCCUGUCCUAUAAUCGUGCCAACAGGGCAGUUGCCAUCCUGUGUAACCAUCAACGUGCACCUCCAAAAACAUUUGAGAAGUCCAUGAUGAACCUGCAGACAAAGAUUGAUGCUAAAAAAGAUCAGCUAGCAGAUGCCCGACGAGAGUUGAAGAGUGCCAAAGCAGACGCCAAGGUCAAGCGGGAUGAGAGGACUAAAAAACUUGUUGAGAGCAAGAAGAAAGCUCUACAGAGGUUCGAGGAGCAACUAAUGAAGUUGGAGGUUCAAGCAACGGACCGUGAGGAGAACAAGCAAAUUGCACUUGGAACCUCCAAACUCAAUUACCUGGAUCCCAGGAUUUCUGUAGCUUGGUGCAAAAAGUAUGACGUUCCUAUAGAGAAAAUUUAUAACAAAACUCAGCGAGAAAAGUUUGCUUGGGCCUUAGAUAUGGCAGAGGAAGACUAUGAAUUUUAAUGUGUGUUCGAGCGAAUGUGGUUUUAACUUUAUUUUUAAGCCUGGAUGUCUCAUAAAGACUUUGAGCUGUGAGCCUUACUUUUUAUCAACUGAACUUUAUAAUAAUAUUUUGUUUUAAGAUGGCAAGGGGAUAUGCCUCAGAUUUAAUUGAGGGGGAAAGUGGCCUGUGAAAAUCUAAGGGAAAGGAUUUUAAAUCUACAUCAAGAAUUGAACUGAAGUUAGAUGUCACACUGCCUUUGAUAUUGUCCCAUGGACAAAUAUAUACAUAUGUACAAAAUAGGAACCUAAAGUUGUCUUGUUUUUAAUGCUUCCCCAGACAAACAAAUCCACUUUUAAAAAUGUGUAGAAUUUAAAAAAAAAAAAUUCUUUUAUUUUUUUAAUAGAGGACUGCACCCUUUCCUUUCCCUUUCAUCUGAACAUAUCCCCUUACCUUGUCUUGAAAGAUCUUUUAAACCUCCCUUUACUCACUUAGUGAGGCACAGAUUGAGACCUUCAACUUACUGCGUUGGUUUCAUCAUGUUGGCGGGAGUACUGAAGAAAAAAAUAAGAAAAAUGUGACCUGGAUAUUAAGAGGCAAAGUGUACUUGUAUUUUUUUUGGAAAUGUGAAUUUCUUUUCUUAUUUUAAUUAUUUAAUCUGAAUUUUUUUUUUUUUUUUUUUUGGUAGCAUUAAGAAUGACAAUUGUUCGAAGUGUAAGAAAAUGUAAAAUAGUUUUCACAUGGAAAUGUUUUUAAAAUGAAUUUGAUUUACAACAUUUAAGAGUAUUUAAAGUGUGAUGGACCCAUCAAAAAAGAAAUAGGAACAUUUUUGAUCAUUCUCCCAUAUAACUGUCAAUUUUAACACCAACAUGUCUGAGUAACCUAAUUUGUACAGCAAAUAUGUCUGCAGCAUCUCACAUGUUAAAGCUACUUAAUGUAAAGUUUUCCAUGAACCUGUUUUGAGAUUGGGGGUUUCAAUGGCCUCAAAACAGUUGCACUUCUAAAGACUUGAAAAUAACUCCACCAGAAAUCACUGAUAUUAGGGAAAUAUAUUGGUAAUGGCCAUAAACAAAUGGUUGGGAACAGUGUAGAUUUAUUUAACUGUAUGAAAAUAAGAAACAAAAACUUGUAAAGAGAAUUUUAAUGUGAAUUUUUUUUUUUUUUUAAAGGAAAAAAAAAAUACAAUCUACAUUAGUUUUAAGAUUCUUGGGUAUAAGUGACUUCUAAACAGUCUCUUCAUCCAAUGUUUGUUCCUUUUAUUUUUAUUUUUCUUAUCUUAUAUUUUUAUCAUGAAAAAUGCCAUUAAUUGAUUGUAGGUUAUUUAAAAUAAAACCCUACAACUUGC